AUGAAGUUAGCUGCAAUUUUCUUGGUUUCUUGUGUCUUAUUGUCUCUUCUCCCAAGCCUAACCAUUGCGGAGAAAAGGCCGUGGUGUCCAACAAGAAAACAAAUAUUUGAUGGUUCAUGCAAUAGAACUGAUUACACACAAUGCUUUAACGACUUAAGAAAUACAUGGGAUGAUAUUGGAGAUCUUUGUCCGACCGAUUGCACUUGCACUCCUCAACCACAGAAUAAACGUCUCUGUUAUUGUCGUUACUUGCCUUGUCCUAGUACCUAA